GCAGGCGGAAGCAGACUCAAAAUAAUCUUAGUACAAGAUGGCAGCGCCGUCGGAAGGAGGCGAUUCAGGUAAUGGAACUGAUCAGGUACUAGAACUGGGAAGAACAUUACUGACAGAUUUCAUCUACGAGCGGGUUCGUCGCCAUGCUGACAGCAGUACUCAGUUGUCAGUGUCACGGACCCAGUUGGGAGGGAGUGAGCUGUGUGACCCCAACCACAAGAAACUGGCCCAGUGCCUGCAGCAGAUUGGAGAUGAGCUGGAUGGCAAUACACAACUCCAAAGUAUGUUAAAUGAUACUGCACUCCAGCCCAGCCAUGAGGUUUUUAUGAGAGUGGCCCGUGAGAUCUUCUCUGAUGGAAAGUUCAACUGGGGCAGGGUGGUGGCACUCUUCUACUUUGCCUGUCGGCUGGUCAUCAAGGCUCUGUUGACCAAGGUCCCCGACAUCAUCAGAACCAUUAUCAGCUGGGCUACAGACUAUCUGCGAGAUCAUGUGAUCAACUGGAUUAGGGAUCAGGGUGGCUGGGAGGGAAUCCGUUCCUACUUUGGCACUCCCACCUGGCAGACCGUGGGGGUGUUCCUCGCUGGAGUUCUUACAACUGUGCUGGUCAUCCGCAAGAUGUGAGGGAGGAGAGCCUGAGAGAAGAAAGGACAAAGAGGGGGGGGGGACAUAAGACUGGGAGGGAAACUGGGUAGUAGAGGUAGACAUGAUGUGGGAGUAAAUGGGAAGUGUUUCAGGGGAAGGAAAAGGUGAGGAAAAAUAGUUAGGAAUGGAAAAGAAGCAACUUUUGGACCACUCCUCUUUCCCACCCUCCAUCCAUCCAUCCAUGGCAAAGGAUUGAGUCAGAUUCAAGGUUCUUCUUACCUCUGUUCCCCACACCGCUGAAAAAUGUGAGCAGCUCUUGACCGCACACACAGGAGAGAAGGAUGGAACGAGAUGUGUAGAGAGGCUCGGCCAGGGCACAUCUUUUAAUUAAUUUAUUUUUUUAUUUCUUGCAAACAAGUCGCUGCAUGACAUUUUGUUGCUUAAGUCUUAUGACAUUUUCCCCCCCUCAGGUCAGCCAUGAGAAUCUCCUAUGCUUUCCUCCUGUGCUUUAUUUCUGUUGCACUUUUCUUCCAUUGAGUCUCCUUUUUCCUAGCUGAUCAUUCUCCCUCCCUCUCUUCAUGGUAACUCUUUGCUGGAGUAUGCAUUUUGGGGGGUGUGUCUGAUUAUUUACGUGUGAUCAUAGGAUCAACAGAUGUUCCAAGUACGUGUGUGUGUGUGCAAUUCUACUGCAGACACACACAGCACUGUCCUUCUCUCACAGAUGUUUACCUCUCUUUCAGCAUAGUGUUCCAAGUACUGUAUUCUAUGGUGGGCUAUUUAAAAGCAGACCAUACCAUAAUCCUUCAAUCAAAUGCUCUUUUUAUACACCUUGUUAAUGUGUUAACAAAUAAGGGAACUUUCUUAUUUCUUUUAAGUUGUCAGUGCCUUGGUCCUUUUUUUCUUUUCUACAAUAAAUUGCUUUGAUAUUCA